AUGAGCGGGGCCGGGGCCGGGACGGACCGGCCGUCCCCGGCCAAGCUCCGCCGCCUGGAUGAGCCCACCGGAACAGGCCCUGCCGCCGCCGCUAGCCGCGGGAAGACGGCCCAUUCCCCCACCCCCGCCGGAGGUCGUGGUGAGGGCCGCAGCGCGCGCGCGCGGGGCGACGGGUCCGGGCAUGCGCGGGGCGGCGGCGGCGGGGACGCGCGCGCGCCCCCUGGCGGCGACCCGGAGAUCGCGGCUUUGGCCGGGGAGGGGCAGGGGCCGGACACCCCCGGGGAGGGCACGGGGGAGCCCAAAACCACCGGAGAGGUCAUGGCCAGCCUGGACACCACCGAGGAGGACAAGGGGAGCCUGGAGACCACAAGUGAUGACUGCUUGGAGCGAGAAAAAGGGAACCUGGAGACCACUGGAGGGGUCGCAGAGGGCCUGGAGAGCACCGGAGAGGCUGCAGGGAGCGUGGAGGGCACCAAGGGGAGCCCGGAGACCACCAAGAGAUGCGAAGGAAGCCUGGAGACCACGAGUAGUGACUGCUUGGAGCAAGAAAAAGGGGGUUUGGAGACCACCAGAGAAGUCACAGAAGGGAUGGGGACCACCAGAGAGGCCGUGGGGGACGUGGAAGUUGCUGUCACACGCUCCUUGGAGCAGAACAAGGCUGUCCUGGAGACUCCUGAGGAAUCCAAGGAAAGCCUGGAGACCACCAGAGAGGCCACGGGUGGUCUGGAGACCAGCAGGGAGGUGACAGGGAGCCUUGGGACCACCAAUGGGCGCAAAGGGAGCCUGGAGACGGCCGUCACUCGCUGCUUGGAGCAAGGGAGAAGGAGCAAAGGAGGCCUGGAGAACACCACCAAGGUCCUGGGGAGCGUGGAGAGCGAUGCUUCUCCCACUGGGGAGCUGAAAAGCACCAGCAGGCGCAAGGCAAAGACCCCUGCGAGGCCCAGGGCGAGUGUAAAGACUGGCAGUGCCCAGUGCUUGGAGUGGGAGAGGAGCAGGGAGGGGGAGCUGGAGCCCAGCAGGGAGGACACAGAGAGCCUGGAAACCAUCACUGGCCAAGUGGAGCAGGACAGAGAGCAAAAAGGAGGCUUGGAGUCCACCACAGAGCCCGAGGAGGGCCUGGAGCCCACCCCCACAGCCUGUGUGGGGCAGAGCCGAGGUGGCCCCGGGCUCCCAGAUCUCGUGGGGGUCCCAGAGCCCGCGGGGGUCCCGGUCCCCAAGGAGCACGUGGCUGAGGAGAGCGCGGUGAUCUCCCUGGAUGAGGACGAGGAGGAGGAAGAGGAGCGGGAUGAGGGUCCAGCACGGUACCUGGCAGCGCUGGAGGCCGUGCAGCUGGAGCUGGAGGCCGUGGAGGAGGAGGCAGCUCGAGCCUUUCGCCGCCUCCGCGCCCGCUUCUGCCUCCGCCGCCGGCCCCACCUGCAGCGCCGCAACCGCCUCAUCCAGCACAUCCCCGGCUUCUGGGUCACCGCCUUCCUGAACCACCCGCAGCUCUCGGCCAUGAUCAGCGACCGCGACGAGGACGCGCUGAGCUACAUGACGAGCUUGCAGGUGGAGGAGUUCGGCCAGAGCCGCCACGGGUGCCGCAUCCGCUUCUUCUUCAGCGUCAACCCCUAUUUCCAGAACGACGUCGUGGCCAAGGAGUUCGUGCGCGGCCCCUCCGGUCACCUGGUGUCCCACUCGACCCCGAUCCGGUGGUGGCAGGGGCAGGACCCCCGGUCCCGUCCCCACAAGGGUCCCCCAGCCCCCCGCAGCUUCUUUGCGUGGUUUGGGGAUCACAGCUUCCCUGCGGGGGACCGUGUGGCUGAGAUCAUCAAGGAGGAGCUUUGGCCCAACCCGCUCCAGUUCUACCUGCUAGGGGAGGGUGCUGAGGGACCCCUUGACAGUGAGAGCGGCGAGGACUGCGUGGUGAUCCUGGACGAUGAUGAGGACGUGCAGGAGAUCCCAGAUGAUGGGGAUGGCAGUGGAGUGGAAGAGAUCCCAACUGAGGAGCCCCCCAACAACCCCCCCGUGGGGCAGAAAAACCCCAACAGGGGUAGAAUUUAAUUGGGAGGGGGGAUUUGGGGGUGCUGCACAUCUCUGCCCCCCAACCCCCACCUCAGCAUUGCGGGUAAUGAGGGGCUGGGGGCCCCCAACACAGCUCAGGGUGUUCGAAGGCCUUUCACCCCCCUUCCCCCCAACUUUUCAUGACCCUUCCCCUCCGGGGACCCCCCAAUCUCCCCAGCUCCAUCACCUGGGGGGUGGGGGGGGUCUCCCUAAAUCCCUCCCACACACACACACCACACAAAAGGGGAGAAACACAACCAGUUCCUGACUGUUUUUGUACAUUUUGGGUUAAAAACUUGUAAAAUUUUCUUUUUAUAUCUAAAAAUAUAUUAUAAUAAAGAGAAAGUUUUAACAGA